GGGCUUCCUCCCGAUGGUUACAGCUGAAGGAUCAUGACGGGGAAGAAAUCUUCCCGGGAGAAGCGGCGCAAAAGAAACGGUCAGGAGGCGGCCGCGGCAGUCGCGGCGCCGGACCUGGCCCCUACCCUCGCCAGCAGCGGCAGUGGAAGCACCAGCGGCUGCGGGAGCACCAGCGGCUGCGGGAACAUCACCUGCUGCGGGAGCACCAGCUUCUCUGGAAGUGUCGCUGGCGCUGGGAGCGGCGUGGAGCGCAGCGAGCGCCGGAAGCGGAGGAGCACCGACUCCUCUUGCAGCGUCUCGGGCUCCGGGCAACAGGAAACCAAGUAUCUUUUACCAACUUUGGAAAAAGAAUUAUUCUUGGCAGAGCACAGUGACCUUGAAGAAGGUGGUCUAGACCUAACUGUGUCAUUAAAACCAGUUAGUUUCUAUAUAUCAGACAAAAAAGAAAUGCUUCAGCAGUGUUUCUGUAUCAUAGGAGAGAAGAAGUUGCAGAAAAUGCUUCCCGAUGUGUUAAAGAACUGUUCAAUAGAAGAAAUUAAAAAACUAUGCCAAGAACAGUUAGAGCUCCUGUCUGAAAAAAACAUCUUGAAGAUUCUUGAGGGUGACAAUGGCGGGGACUCGGAUAUGGAAGAGGAGGCAGAUGAUGGCUCUAAGAAGGCAUCGGAUGUAGUCAGUCAACAAGACAUCUGUAUAGAUUCUUCUUCAUCCCUGAGAGAGAACAAGCAACCUGAAGGUUUGGAAUUAAAGCAAGGCAAAGGGGAAGAUAGUGAUGUACUCAGUAUAAAUGCAGAUGCUUAUGACAGCGACAUAGAAGGCCCAUGCAACGAAGAAGCAGCUGCUCCUGAGGUCCCAGAAAAUACAGUCCAGAGUGAAGCUGGUCAGAUAGAUGACCUGGAGAAAGACAUUGAGAAAAGUGUGAAUGAGAUUCUGGGACUGGCAGAGUCUAGCCCACAGGAACCCAAAGCAGCUACCCUCACUGUUCCUCCAGCAGAAGAUGUUCAGCCUUCUGCACAACAGCUGGAGCUGCUGGAACUUGAGAUGAGGGCAAGAGCCAUUAAAGCCCUGAUGAAAGCUGGUGAUAUAAAAAAGCCAGCCUAGUUAUUUAACCUGAACCUGAAUUUUAGAGGCUUGUGUCGUGCGGAAAGCUGCUCUUAGGCUGGCAAACAUGAAUGUGAUUUAAAUAGCGAGUUCUUGUAGUAAACUGCCUCAAGAUUAAAAGCAUUGAUUAUGGUAAAAUUUUUCUAUCUCAACUUAAACUAAAAGUUAAUAAAGUACUGCAGAAUAAACUUUCAUGCUGCUUACUAAUUUUAAAAUGCAGAUGACGUACGUGAUUAAACACGAGAGGAGAAAAGGCCCGAGUUCCUUGUGGCUGGUCAAAGCACCGCCUUCACGGAGCUCUGUCUGCUCUGUGCAGCCGGCGGGGGCUUUAGAGGACAUUUGACUGGAGUUAGUGUGUGUGAGGUGGAGUGAGCUGAACAAAUC